AUGGCCGCUUUGGAAGCGAAGCAGAGCGGAGAGGAGGCUGAGGAGGUGUUCGAGGAGACACCGGGACCGGAGGAUGAUUACUGGGCGGGACUGGGUCCUGUAGUCAAGCGGGAGCCGGUGGUGAAACUGAUGAGCGUGGUGAGCGGGCUGGAGGUGCUCACAUGGUCGGAGGAUCACCGGGUAGCUGCGUCCACCAUCAACGGUGUAACUGUGCUGGAGAUGAUGUGCGAUCUUCACACCCAGAGUCCAGAUCUGGUGUUUCACCGAACCUUCAUCUCUGUACCGGAGUCCGCGUGUGAAAUAAAGGUGGGUUCCGAGGAAGAAGUAAAAAAAGUCAAACAAAAGUUCGAGAACUCUGAAGAUCCAGAAGUGAUGCAGCUUUUUAUGCUGGACAGAAUUAUGAAUCCCCAGGGCGGGGCUCUACAAGGCAUGAAGUACACGAGUUGGUCGCCGCUCGGCUGCGACGUGAACGGCCGCUGCGUCCUGGCCUGCUUGACCCUGGACGGCCGGCUCACCAUCCAGAGCGGCCACAAGCGCCUGCAGUGGACCGAGCUCAUGGACCUUACCGAGCUGUACGGCGACAUGCUGAAGUCCAGGAACUACACGCUGCAGACCGAAGGCGUCCCAGAGCGCGCCCUGGACGAGCUGCAGGAUCUGGAGGAGCUGCAGAACCGGUACCAGAUGCAGACGCCGGUGCGCAUGGAGUGGUCCAGCCGGUGCAGUACGCAACACAUACAGAACAAUAACGAGUGCAAGGCCGUGGAGACCGUCCUCCUGGCUGUGCUGAUGGAAAACGGGGACUUGGUGGUGUGGCAGUUUCGUUUGCCCGUGCAAGGGAAGGACUCUGUAGUUUCCUGCAACACGAUCAAAUCUGGGGUGGCCCUGCCGAGCGUGCUGGCGUGGUGGGAGUACGAGCACGACGGGCGCAGGAUGAGCGGCCUGAUUGUUGGAAGCACCACAGGCCCUGUCAAAAUACUACCGGUCAAUUUAAAAGCGGUCAGAGGAUACUUUACACUCAGGCAGCCGGUGGUUUUGUGGCAGGAGACGGACAAGAUCCCAGUAAGCGACAUCAAGUGCGUUUCGUUCUUUCACCCGAAGCAGAAAUGCAACUGUAGCCUGGUAGUCGUAGCUCGAGGCCCGUACGUCUUUUGGUGCCUUUUGCUUAUCUCCAGAGCUGGCCUCAACGUUCACAACUCCCACGUCACCGGCCUCCACUCGGCGCCCAUCACGUCCCUCGGGACAUCUCGCAGCGGCGGCUCCAUCUUCACCUGCUCCCUGGAUGGCACGGUCAAAAAACUGACUCCUGUCUUCACCGACGCCGCUGUUGUCUUCAAGCAGCAGGAAGUGGAACUUCCGGAAGGCGUCCGGGGUCGUCGCAUCCACGGCAUCGCCGUCAGCCCGAACAGUGCCUACCUUGCGCUCGCGUCCACGGAAGGCAUGACCAACGGCCUCCACCCGGUCACCCGCAACUACCUGGUGCAGUUCAUCACGUUAAAGAUGCCGGACGAGGCGGGAUCGGAGCUGCUCGAAUCUCCUCUGCAGAACCUCUACAAGAAAGCCGAUCUGCUCGACCUCCUGCGAUGGCGUGUCGCGCGAGACAAGCGCAUCCCUCAGUCCCUCCUGGACGAGCUGGACGAGAAAGCGGCCACCUCCAACUCUAUGUACUUUUGGCGACUCAAGCUGUUCUUGCUGCGCAUCCUGCACAGGUCCAUGCAGAAGGCCCCGGUGAAGGCGCGCUGGAAACCGUCGCACGAGGAGAGCAAGACGUUCUUGGGUGACGAGACAGAGGAGGGCGACACGAUGGAAGGGAGCAGGGCGGCCGAGACGACCCUCCCGGACGAGUCCAAACCGAGGGAGGCCGAGGGAGAGUCCGAGGAGGAGCGGAUGAACGAGGUGAUAGCGUGGAUCGAAGGGGUGGAGUCCUAUCUAAUGCGAGAGCACAUGAAGAAGGUUCUGGGAGAGGUGUAUCUUCAUACGAAUAUCACUGAGAAUACCUGCAUCCCCACCAAAGGGAUUUGUGAUUUCCUGUCCACUGAUCCCACCAGUGAAGACCGAGCAGCCGAGGUACUUAUCGGUCACAUCAAUAAUAAAAUUAACAAGCAGACGUUUCCUGAGCACUGCAGCCUGUGUAAGGAGGUCCUGCCCUUCGCUGACUGCAGACAAGCGUCGUGCACUAACGGACACGUGUGGUAUAGGUGUGGGAGGACGUUUCAGGCGUGUCAGAGCGUGACGUAUCGCCGGUGCCUGCUGAGGGACAGCUUAGCCUCCCUGCCACAGCCUGAAGAUCCAGAGUGGGUGAAGAAGAUCUUAAACGGAGUGUGUAUCUUCUGUGAUUCGCCGCUGGUCUAGCACACUGGAUAUAAACAGAACUGAGGUUACAGACGCCGCUGCUACACACCACGCCCUCCCCGAACCUCUAAAACUAUUUACAAUUUAUUUAGAAACGCCAUAAUGAAACUGUAUUAUGAUACUUUUUUAUGGUUCACGGAUCACGGAAUAAUAUUGUUAUAUAGUGACGUACCUUUAUCCUGCUGUGGACACACUGAGGUCAAAGGACGACAUACACUUGUAGAGGACACUUUUUUUUUUGUUGUUGUUGUUUUUGCAUUUGUGGGUUUUUUCUAUGAAUGAAUGAUUCUUUAUCCCAAAAAAAAAAAACCUUUUUCAAGUUCUUUUAUAUGUUUCUAAUACAAUCUACCGGGUUAAAAAUAUACAUAAAGCCACACCGGUCAUUAAGGGUGUGUUCGAAAACCUAGGGAGCCUUGCUGUCUUACUGCCUACAUAGGCAGCUGCCUCAGUAGAGAGGAUUCUAAUAAGUCAAUGACUUAUAAGGCAGAUUAUUCGAACGCUACUUAGACAGCAAUUCCAUCGGGUUUCGCAUUUAGCAUUUAGCAUCUUGCCAUUCAAACCAAUGGGAUGGGGUGGCACAGCGUGCUAACAUGUCAACUAACAUCUCCCUUUGUGUACCAAAAAACGGUUACAUUCGCUAACAAGCCCGAACUUGCAAAUAAAUACACUUGUGCAAGUUUAUACAAGAUUGCCUUGAUCACUAAGGACGCUUCCGAUGCUCACUCGUUCUUGAGUCAAAAUAACAUUGAGAUUUUAAGAUGCCUAACUAGACAGCAUAUUAAGGCAUCUUGAUUUCGAACAGCCUCAUUCUCGGGAGCGCGCGUAGGAUGACGUAAAAUGCGUCUUAUGUAGAGAGCUCACUAGCUUUUUCGAACACACCCUAAAUGUGUGCCAUGGCUUUCAUACUGAGUUUGAUCGAUUAGAGCCGCUGACGUGUGAGAAGUUUGACUGUGGAAGAAGACGUAAUUAAUGCCAAGAGAAAAAAUUCUCUGCCUGGUCAGAUGUGAUCCUAACAGCACCGAAAUCCCAUUUUUUUAAAAUACCAUUUGCUUUUAAAAUGGGAAAUCCAACAAGCUCAUGGUCAGGUGUCCAAAUACUUGAAUGUUUAUCGAUGGCAUACAGGCUGCACGGUGGCUCGGUUGAAAGCACUUUUGCCUCACAGCAAGAAGAUCCUGGGUUCAAUUCUAAGGUGGGUUGGUCCGGGUCCUUUCUGUGUGGAGUUUGCAUGUUCUCCCCGUAAUACUUUUCUGUGUUUUAUUUGGAUCACAUUUGCCCAGUCGGACACAUUUCGAUUUUGCAUUAGGAUUGUUUUUGUUGCUGUUUGUAUAUUUUUGAGCUAGAAGGUCAUUUUUGUGCUUUCUAAAGUUUAUUGUAGGUUUUCUGAUAAUACGAAUAAGCUGUGAAAAAUACCGCUGCUGUUUGAUGAUUAUUUGGGUGUGGGGGGUUGGACAGGAUCUGGUGUUUUUAUCCAGAAUGGGUUAAUAUAUAUAUAAAUAUACACCGAUCAGCCAUAACAUUAAAACCACCUCCUUGUUUCUA